AUGUUUGAAAACGUCACGCAACAAGGAGAAUUUGAGUCCUUCCAUCGCGAGAUGAUGAUUGUAUUCGGGAAUUGGGAAUUCGAUCAUAUGAAUCUGAAGAAUCCUUUCCUCGAUGGUGAAGGCUCUGUCCAUUUAUGGAACGGCGAUGAAGAUGGCUUUGUGCCUGUUACACUGCAGCGCUACAUUGCUGAAAGGCUUCCUUGGAUACACUACCAUGAAGUACCAGGUGCUGGACAUCUAUUUCCAUUUGCUGAUGGUAUGAGCGACGCUAUCUUGAAGGCCCUUCUAUUAGGGGAGAAGAGCCUAUGGCAGAGAUAA